GAUGACCUCGACGACCCUGUGCAGUGCGAGUUUCAGCAUGGGGAACAAGUAUGGAUCAAGGUGAAGGAACCGUGCGAGGAAUGGGUUCGUGGCGAAGUAUCCGGGAUAGGCCGGAGAACGACAUCGACAAGAGUCGUCACGGGCAUGCUAUAUUCAGUCCGAUACAAGGAGACGAAACGCGCGAUGUUCUCACCCCAAAACGGGGUGUUGAAACCGGAUACUCAACAGGUCCGAGACCUCCUUGCCGCAGGUGGCUGGCUA